GCUGAUGGGAAUAUCUGUAGUUAUGCAGUGUAAUUGAACAGUCCUGGAGGCAUAUUAUUAUUUUGUCCAGAGCUGCAGAUUACAUGAACGUUAGGGUUCUUGGUUUUAAAUCUUGACAAUAUAUAAUGCGUUUGCAAUAGAUAAUUAAGAAAACGUAGAAAUUAGAACAUAUUUAAAAUACCCAGGAUAGCACCCGGAACCUUUUCUUCGCUGAGGCGUUUUUCCGGCCGACAGGAUUGUGUGUCGGACAGAUCCAUUGACAUUGCCGUGGAACAGGACUGGAGUUACCGAACCAGAAGGGAGGCCCAGUGCCGUGGCAGCCCGCUCCUCAGCUCUCGGUUUAGUGCAUCACGGAGCCAUGUAUCGGCGGAUGCUGCAGUUUUCCGCCAGAAGCUUUCUAAACGUGACGGCGCCCAGAGCCGCCUACAUAGAGGCGUCAGGUCAUGAAGCCUGCCUCACCAGAGCUUUAGUAGCCUGCCAGGUGACCAGAGUCACCCCUCCCAGUUUAACACCAUGUCGGGCUCUGCACAGCAGCACACAGCUCUGCGCCGUGAAGGAGACGCCCCAGCACACGGAGGAAGAAGUCGGGGCCUUCACAAAGCUCAUUGAGGCCAUGGGUUUCACAGGACCACUCAAAUACAACAAAUGGAAAAUCAAGAUAGCUGCCUUGCGGAUGUACACGUGCUGUGUAGAGAGGAUCAAUUAUGACGAGUUCUUUGAAAGGUGCUCCCUCCCUGACACGCUCAACUCUUGGUUCCUGAUAGCGCAGCUGCACGUGUGGAUGUGUUUGGUGCGGAUGCGUCAGGAGGGCAGAUCGGGAAAGUACAUGUGCCAGUACAUCGUCCACUCCAUGUGGGAGGAUGUGGAGCAGAGGAGCAGAAUGAUGGGGAUUGAAGCCUUUCGUAGAAAGGAAGUAAUGAAAACAAUGACAGAGACUUUCUAUGCUUCAAUAUUUGGAUACGAUGAGGGGAUCCUGUCUGACGACUGCGUGCUGGCUGCAGCUCUGUGGAGGAACCUGUUCUGCCGUCAGUGUGAGGACCCCAGACAGCUGGAGCUCAUGGUGGAGUACGUACGUAAACAGAUGCAGUACAUCGACACCCUGGACGGGGAGGACCUGCUGCUGACAGGAGAGGUGACGUGGCGUCCCCUGGUGGAGGAGAACGCACAGAGCAUCGUGAAGGUGGUCACGCCCACGUACAACGACACCGGACUGUGAGGCGAAGACGUGGACUCCUGUUUCCUCUUCGUUUCCUUGUCCCUGUCUUGUUUCCUGUCUCCUACCUUUAAUUAUGCAACAUUCUCUCACUCCUUCCUCUUUGCUCUUGUCUCCUGUCCUGAUUUUAAACAAGCUGUCGUUUCCCCAUCGGCUCCUUUUGGUUCCGUCUCCUCUUGUGUCUGUAACUUCUUCCUUCUCUCCCAAAUCAGUUUUCCACCAGAGGUCUGUUUCUGGAGGUGCAGUGCACGCAGGAUAGUCAGCAGUGAUGUUUCUGCUUCCACAUUCACCCAUCACCAAACCAACCAGUCCAAAACCAGAAAAGGUCACUCAUCAUCACCCUCAUCAUCAUCCUGUUGGUUUGGAGAGCUUCUGCCACGUCCUCUCUGUAAACUGAGCAAACAAGGCACUCUGUACUUAUAUUUUUGUAGCUUUUUCCACAAAUGCUUCACUGUAUUUAUAAAAAGUUUAGUCUACCUCCUUGUUUGCACCUUCCUUCCGCAGAGGUCUUAGCUAUUACUUCUCUUACUGCUCCUUCAUUCUGCAUUCAAGUUUCACUCUACAGUGAAUAGGUGGAGUUAGGUGACAUGGAAAUAAUGAAAACAAGACUUCACAUGCUAAUGGACCUUGUUUUUGUCAGUGGUCAGUCGUCCUGUGAGGCUGCAGCUCUGUCCAGCUCCCAUGAUGUUCUGAACCAGGGAUGAAGCUGAGCUGUCGAACACUUUGACAUCAUCACUGUAAUACAAACAGAAUAAAUAAGAUGUUCUCUGGAUGUAUAAAACUA